AUGCCUAGUGUCGCACUCCCCGUUAUCCGUCACUACAUUGCGGCUCCUCCGACUCGGGAGAAACUGGACUAUGCGGACCUUGCGAUCCUCGACUUCUCCAAAAUAGGCACUCCAGAGGGCCAUGCUGAGCUGUCCGUCCAGCUGCGCGAUGCGAUGACCACCAAUGGUUUUUUCUACAUUGUGAAUCACGGCCUCACGCAAGCCGAGAACGAUCGCAUGUUUGACAUUACUGACGUGGCGCUGUGUGGUGUUCCCGAGGAAGAGAAACGCAACUACUUGGCGAACAUUAGUGACGGGUCGAACGAAGGCUACAAGCUCAGGGCGUAUCUGCAUAUCGACGGCGGAGUCCGUGAUCAGUUUGAAUACUACAACAUAAACGAAGAUAUAAGUUGCAAGCAGCACCCCAAGGCGGUACGGCCUCUGCUCCCAGAGGUGGCAGAGUUCGCGAAGUUCAACCAUUACCGAAUUCUGCACCCUCUCAUGCGACUAUUUGCCCUGGGCUUAGAGCUCCCGGAGGAUACGUUUGUGAACAUGCACAACUUCGAAGCCGUUGGAGAGUCAUAUGUUCGCAUGAUGAAAUACUAUCCGAGGUCUGCCGACGACGAAGUCAACGCGAAGCAAGUGUGGCUCAAGGGUCACACCGACAUCGGCACCGUUACUAUUCUUUGGAGCCAACCAGUCACGUCCUUACAGGUUCUCAUGCCGGAUGGCCAAUGGCGCUACGUGAGACACAUUGAUAACGCACUUGUCGUUAACUCCGGUGAUGCUAUGGAAUUUCUAUCGGGCGGCUUCUACAAACCGACCGUCCACCGCGUCGUCCAGCCUCCCCAGGACCAGCGGGGCUACAAUCGCCUUAGCGUCAUAUUCUUCGCCAUGACCGAUGACAACGUGAAGCUAGUCCCACGCGCCGAGAGCCCAGUGCUCCAGAACUUGAAGCAUGGUGUUCAACGGCGCUGGGCCGACGAUGCCGACGCCCCCACUAUGGAGGCCUGGCGGAAGGGCGUCACCAGUACUUAUGGCUUGGUCGAGCUCAAGAAGAAGGAAGACGGCACAGAGGAGAACAUUGUGAAUGGAAUCGCGGUGAAGUAUUACAGCUGA